AUGGUGCAGUUAGCAGGUGAAGUUGAGCCUGAAGCAGAAGAGCUUGACAGAGCUGAUAGAAUAGAAUUAGUUGCCGCGCCAGAAGUUUCACCGAAAGAAAAUAACAAUUUUGAUAACAUUGAUCAUAAUUGUGAAAAUAUUUUACCAUUAUUUCCAAAACCUAUUGAUUGGGGACUUUGGGAAGAUAACAUUAUUAUUAAUGAUCUGCCCAUAGAGUUUAUUGACUUACCUACCACUGUUAAAGUCCAGUGCGCACAUAAUGUAGAUGAUAAUUCUAUUACUAUUCAAAAAAAUAGUCAUUCAGAUGAUAGCGACGGAGAGGGUGGAAUGGGAAAUGUAAGCAGAAUAAUAAUGCGGCCCCCCGGUCAUUCCGGAAAAGCAAAAAAAGGACAUUUAUGUUUUGAUGCAUCCUUUGAAACAGGAAAUUUAGGUCGAGUUGAUCUCAUCAACGAAUAUGAGUAUGACUUGUUUAUACGACCUGAUACAUGUAGCCCAAAAUUAAGAUUUUGGUUCAAUUUUACUGUAGAUAAUGUGAAACAAGAUCAGGCAAGAAAAAAUUGA